UAUGGUACAUGCUGCAAAUUUUCGCGUGUAUUAUUUGGUCAUGACCUGAUUCUAGCAUUUACCUUCUUUUUUUUAUUUGCACAUCUUACUGCUACCAAGAUGGCCCGCUCAAAAAGAUCGGCUGUUCGAGACCCCUCCCAGCUCUCAGGCAAACCUCUCUCGCAGACCUUGGUGCCUUCGCCUUGGAGCACCACAACCUUAACCACUGCCAACAACAGCAAUGGAGCAGAGGUCGAGGCCCAUUAUGGCUGUGAUAGUGGUGGUGACGAUGAGAAAUGGGUCACAUCGCCCGACCUCAUAUGUGGCGAUCUCCCCUUCACACCCGAUAUCAUCUACAACCUCACCACCUUCCUGCUGGGAAACCCCAACAUGAACUCGAGCCACCUGUUCCGCGCGGACAUCCUGUUCGACAGCCUGGGUGUGCUGAAAACGCCACAGGAGACGGAACGGUUGUUCUCAUCAUCAUCACCAGGACGAAGUGGUGGCGGUGAUGCUGCUCCUCCGCCUCAAUCUUCUGAUCCGGUAGAAUCAAUACCAGCCAAGGAGAUACCCGGCUUCGAACUGAAACGAACCGUCGUCCGGAGGCUCAUCCCGCGGAAUCCCAGGUUGGAUCGUGCCUUGGACCAGACGUGUCAUUUCUACGAGGGCAAGAAAACUACGACGACGUCUGGAGACCUUGCGCUUUCAAAGGAAAGGUCGUUGUACGUAUACACGCCUCAUGUAUCCUCGAAGGAAGAACUUCCAUUUUACCAUCCGUUGCUGCGCUCCUUGGCGUUUUUGUAUGAGUUUGAGCGACGGCCAUGUUCACAACCAUCAUUAUCACACAAUGGAGGAGGACAAGGACAAGCAGAAAGGUUAGGAACGGGAACUCUAUCCUUACAUUUCUGCCCGUUCCCAGCAUCAGAAUCUUUCGACCCUGUUCCGACGCGUCUCGAACGCACGCUCCAGGCUCUUCUAGCUACGCAUGUCCGACUGGCUCGCUCAACUCGUCCUUCCUCGUCCACUACCAUCUCCCAAAAGGUUUGCGAGAACAGUGAUGGCAGCAACUACAACCCAGCAAAAGACAAUGUGAUCCCACGACAUCUCAUCCAGAACACGUAUUCCCGACUGAAGCUCACGUACGCAGCUGAUCUGUGCCGUGACUGGGUGGAGGAGACGGAGCCGUCGAAACACGUCUUUGAGGAUCUGGCAAUCACGGCCUUCCUGAUGGAACUAUGGAGGAGCAUGUACGGGGUUGUGCCCGCAGCUGAGAAAAAAAGCAGCACAGCGACAGGGCGAGGAGCAUGA